AUGGCCCUGCUGUCGAACCAUCACUGUAACUACCAGAACACGCAAUCCGACAUGUUAACACCCGCGUACCCGACUUCAGCGAGGAGCUACGACCCCCUGUACCCGUCGCCGUACAACUCCCCAAACUACGAGGCCACGAGAAUCGUGUAUCGGGACAACUGCACGCACGAGAGCGAGCUCACGCCGCGAAGAGACGUCGAGACGCUCGACUACGCCAAGGACAUGGUGUCGGAAUACACGAAGACUCCGGAGGGAUACGAUCGAGGACCUUACGGCGUCCUGACGCCCGUCACUCCGCAAAGGUACGAGCCGCCGCUCUCGAUAGACCAGACCACGUCGCCGCGAUCGACAUUGUACGAGGAAAGCUCAUUGGACUAUCAGCCGCCGUCGUAUUGCUACGAGACGCCUCCCCAGGAACCGAGAUACCAACCCCUGGAGAACAGCAAGCCGAUCCUCACGAUCGUCGAACCUCGCACGAAUUGUUGGGAUCCCAUCAUCUCGGCGCAGAGGAUGCCGACGACGCCGCCGGUGAGCCCGCGGAAGGGCAGACGGAGAUCCCGCGACGUGCCACCGUCGCCGACAGUGCUGAAGCGUCGACGUCUCGCUGCGAACGCGCGCGAACGACGGCGCAUGAACGGCCUGAAUGACGCCUUCGACAAGCUACGCGAGGUCGUGCCGAGCCUCGGGACCGACCACAAACUCAGCAAGUUCGAGACCCUGCAGAUGGCACAGAGCUACAUAGCCGCCUUGUGUGAUCUUCUACAGAGACACGACAGCAAGAGAUAG